CUUGCACUGAGGUCCUGACAAGCGAUAACAUUUCUGAUAAAGAACUCAUCUUGCUGCAAUCUACAGCCUGGGAUCUAAUAUUAAACCCAGAGCAUCCAUUACUCUGCCUCCCUGUCCUCCCCCCCUAGCACCACCACCACCUCCUCCUCCUUCUCCUAGCCCCCCACUCCUUGUUCCUGUCUGUGUCUCAGCACUCAGACAUACACACUGGGGGGGAACAGGAAACCUAUUCUUCCCCCCACCCCAAAAAAAUUAAUCAGAGAUCAACUCUGCAAACAACAAGGAAGCGGUUCAUGGCUCAAGCUAGAUCUCCACCAUCUUCCACAUUGCUGCUGAGGUUAUUGCAGAUCAAUCAACAGCACUGACACUGUACUCAGCUCUUUACAAAAUGAGAUACGUCGGUUAAGCAAAGGAAAGCUUCGUCACAAGGAUAUGGUCCGGAAAAAGAAUCCCCCUCUGAGAAACGUUGCAAGCGAAGGCGAAGCACAGAUUCUCGAGUGUGCUGCAUCCGAAAGAGAAGAUAUUUUGAGGAGCCCAGAAUUCUCCACUGAUCCGAUGCAAGAAAAUAGUGAACAUUCUAAUUCUGCGGAACAAACCAGUGACGAUCAAUGUUUCAAUGAUCAAGAACCUUCUUCCAGCUUUAAAAAGGACUCCGAAAGUGCAGCACUCAACGAGAGAGUUGUCCUUAACUAUAGCCACCUCAAAGGCAGAAACGUAUACUAUGAUGAGGUGACAGAUAAGAACAUGUUGGCAUUGUCCACUGCAGAUACUAGGGUCAUUUGUGAGACCCUAAAAUCACCUAUAAAGUCUGAGACUGAUGAAACGCAAGAACUGGUUUCUGCCGCCUCUGGGGAGACUUUAGAGACUAGAGACGAAAAUGAUUUGUCGCCAAGGGCUGCUGACCUCACAAUGCAAAGUGUUAAAGUAGACUGUCAAAACUCUAGUCCAGCCUCGGUGGCCUCUGAAAACCUUCAAGUGCCUUUAGAUGGGAGUUCAGGGCUGAACAAAACUCACACCGUUGUAUUUGUCAAUGACAAUUCUGAAUCUGCACCUUUAUCUCCAGAACUUCAGGAUUUCAAAUGCAACAUUUGUGGUUAUGGGUACUAUGGGAAUGAUCCCACCGAUCUGAUCAAACAUUUUCGCAAAUACCAUCUUGGCCUACACAACCGUACUAGGCAAGAUGUGGAACUUGACACCAAAAUCUUGGCACUUCACAACAUGGUACAGUUCAGCCAAUCCAAAGAUUUCCACAAGGUGAAUCGUUCUGUGCUUUCAGGUGUCUUACAAGACAUGAACUCUCAAAGGCCUGUUUUGUUGAAUGGAACAUACGAUGUGCAGGUGACAUUUGGUGGGACCUUCAUCGGCAUUGGGCGUAAAACCCCAGACUGCCAAGGCAACACGAAGUACUUCCGCUGCAAGUUCUGCAACUUCACGUACAUGGGCAACUCGUCAACGGAGCUGGAGCAGCACUUUCUAAAGGCGCACCCUAACAAAAUGAAAGUGUCCUCUGAUUCUGGUAAACCAUCAGAGAAAAGCACCAAUAAGUCCAGCCCUAUUCCACGUUCUUGUGAGCCUGGAGAUGUGGGAAAGUGGCAAGACAAAACCACUAUAAAAGCUGCAGAUGAUAUACCAGUUGGAUAUUCAAUGCCAAUUAAGCCGGUAGAUUCAUCCAGGCAGAAUGGGGCAGAUGACACCCACUACUACUGGUGCAAGUUCUGUAGUUUCAGCUGUGAAUCCUCCAGCAGUGUCAAACUUUUAGAACAUCACAGCAAACAGCAUGGGGUAGGGAUGUCAGAAAAUCCUAAUUCUGAUCCUAUUGAAAAGGCCUACAGGGGAACGGUUAUUAAUCAAAAUAAAAUUGCCAAAAAUACUGACGAACAGCUUACAGCAAAACUAGAGAAAGGAUUGGCCAAAAAGAAAGACCUCUCCAUAAAAUCAACUGAGGAUUUGAUAGUUACCAGUUACAAUUGUCAGUUUUGUGACUUUAGGUACUCUAAAAGCCAUAGCCCAGAGGUAAUCUUGGUUGGGCCUCUCCUGCGCCAUUAUCAACAGCACCACAAUAUUCACAAGUGUACUAUUAAGCAUUGCCCUUUUUGUCCCAGAGGCCUCUGCAGCCCUGAAAAGCACCUUGGAGAAAUUUCUUACCCAUUUGCUUGCAAAAAGAGUAAUUGCUCUCACUGCGCUCUCUUGCUGUUGCACUUGACUGCUGGGGUAACAGGUAGCCCUCCAGUUAAACACCAGUGUGAUCAAUGCCCAUUCUCCUCUCCUGAUGUAGAUGUGCUCCUGCUUCACUAUGAGAAUACUCAUGAAGGCCAGGCAUCUGAGGUCAAGCAGGAACUGAAUCACCAGCUAGCAACCGAUGGGCAGAUGACCGGCAAAGAAAGCAAAGAACACUCAUGUACCAAAUGUGACUUUAUCACCGUGAGUGAAGAAGACCUUUCCAGACACUACAGGAGAGUACAUAACUGCUACAAAUGCCGGCAAUGCAGUUUUACAGCAACAGAAACUCAAUCCCUUUUGGAUCACUUCAACUCUGCACACUGUCAGGAGUCGGAAAUCACUACAGCAAAUGGCGGAGAGAUCCAUGGAAUCUCUUCCAUCAAGGAGGAGCCGAAAACUGAGAUGAAGGUGUACAACCUUGUUACCCCUGAAUCCAAAAUGGGAGAAGCCAUAUAUGACAGCACUGUGAAGAGGGAGAAGCCUGACGACAAGGAUGUACUCAGGGAGAAAUCUUGGUCUGAUGGUUCGGUAGAUGACCUCCGUAACAUUGCCUGGAGAGGAUCGGAGAUUUUGAGAACAAGUCCAUCCUAUACACAAAUGGGUUUGGGCCUUUUGACCACAGUGUCUGUCAACCAAGAACAGCAGAAAUCUUCGAGAGAUAGUCCAAAUGUUGAAGCAGCACAUCUAGCAAGACCUCUUUAUGGCUUGUCUAUAGAUGCUAAGGGAUUUCCGGGAGUGACUGCUGGAGCCAGUGGAGAAAAAACGGGGCCACUUACACCACAGUACUCGGGAGACAGCAAGUCCAAGGAUGAAUCUCAGUCACUCCUACGGAGACGUAGAGGCUCCGGGGUUUUCUGUGCCAACUGCUUAACCACAAAGACUUCACUUUGGCGAAAGAAUGCAAAUGGUGGCUACGUCUGCAACGCCUGUGGCCUCUACCAGAAACUGCACUCGACUCCCAGACCUUUAAACAUCAUUAAGCAAAACAAUGGAGAGCAGAUCAUUAGGAGACGGACAAGGAAACGCCUUAACCCAGACGCACUGCAGACGGAACAGUUAAAUAAACAUCAAAGAGGGAGCAACGAGGAGCAAACUAAUGGAAGUCCGCUGGAGAGGAGGUCGGAUGAUCAUUCAAUGGAAGGUCACCAGAGAGAAGCUCAGCAACUUGUUAUGAAUAAAUAUGAAUCCCAAGCAUCAUUGACUAAAAGCCAUUCUGCUCAGCAGACAAUAAUAGUCAGCCAAACUAUGGAUGUCCACAAAAGGAUGCAACCUUUGCACAUACAGAUAAAAAGUCCUCAGGAAAGCAGUGGAGAUCCAGGAAACACUUCAUCUAUCUCCGAUAGCAAAGGCAGCUCAGAAAGAGGUAGCCCGAUUGAAAAAUAUAUGCGACCUAUUAAACAUCCAAACUACUCUCCCCCAGGAAGUCCAAUAGAAAAAUAUCAAUACCCGCUCUUUGGACUUCCAAUUGUCCACAAUGACUUCCAAAAUGAAUCUGACUGGCUGAGAUUUUGGAGUAAAUAUAAGCUGUCUGUUCCUGGGAAUCCUCACUACUUGAGUCAUGUGCCUGGCCUAGCAAACCCUUGCCCAAAUUAUGUGCCUUAUCCCACCUUUAAUCUGCCUGCUCAAUAUUCCACUGUUGGAUCAGAAAAUGACAUUCCUCUAGACUUGGCAAUGAAGCAUUCCAGACCUGGAUCAGCAUCCAAUGGGUCCUCGAAAGAGAAAAUGAAGUCACCUUUGAGCGUAAAGGAUGAUGGUCCAUUGAAUGUAGUGAAAACUGAGAAAGUGGAUAAAAGUACACAAGAUGAACUUUCAACUAAAUGUGUGCACUGUGGCAUUGUCUUUCUGGAUGAAGUUAUGUAUGCUCUACAUAUGAGCUGCCAUGGGGAAAACGGACCUUUUCAAUGUAGUAUAUGCCAACACCUUUGUACGGACAAGUAUGAUUUCACGACUCAUAUCCAGAGAGGCCUACACAGGAACGUUGCACAAGUUGAAAAGAAUGGAAAAACUAAAGAAUAACAUUUUAGCACUUAGCACAAAUAGAAUUGGGUCUUCUGAAUAGAAAUUCAGUAGCUUGUAACGUCUGACCAUAGUUUGCAACACAUUUUCUGGGUCUUAAAGUCAACAUUGGCUUGUUCAUUGAUAGAAAUAGAACAUAGCUGCACUAUAUGGCCAGUCCAAUGGGUUAUCUAUAUCUAAAGGUGUUCAGAGCAGUAAUAAGGGAAUUUGUUUGUUAAGUUGAGAUUAAGCUAUUUGUUUGAAAGUCCAUAACUCAUGUUCACUAGGCCUUCCAUCAGGUUGACUUUUGCACUGUACUGCUUUGACCCUCAUAUAUUUUUAUCACACAUAUCACAGGAGCAGGAGAAGCUGAACAGAUUGAUAUAUAGUUAUUUGGGGAAAAAAUUCCAUAUACCAAGUAGCUUAUUCAUUGAACUGUCUUCUCACUGUAGAGUUAUGGGUUGUCCCAACUCAGUCAUUGACCGCUGUGUCUUUAUGCAUACUUAUAGGGGCAAGGCUGAAAAUGAUUGUGUCACUGCACCAAUUGGACUCAGAGCCCAGCUUGAACAGAGACUUCAAGAAAUUAAUGUUACAGUAAAAAGUUUCCUAUAAAACUAGAUCAUAUAAAUAAUUUUAUUAAUCUGUGUACUGGACCCUGAAAUUAGUUUUUUACUGUAAAUGCUGGGAUUUUUUAACAUAAGAAAACAUACCUUACCUAUCCAUUUCCAUUCUGACAUGUCCCAUGUCCUCCACCAAUCUCUACUUCCUGGUUCUUCUCAACACAUGACAUGUGAGAGCUUUAGCCAGUCACUGUCUGUAGCUGGUCACUGCCGCGGCCAUUGAUUGGCUGCAGCAUUCCCAUGUACCAUGUUGAGCUAUCAGGGAGUAGAGACCAGCAGGAGAAACACACACAGCAUGUUGGAAAUGGAAUGGUGAGGAAUCACAGUCGUAAGUAUGUCUUCUUUAAAAAAAAAAAAUUAAAUACUUGUAAAAAAAUUAUAAGUUAUACUGGAUCUUUCCCCUCAAAACUAUACAUCAGUCUGCGGAGCUCUCUAAUGCCCACAGAUCUGCAUCCAUGACAAAAUUCGACAGCACCUACUUUUGAUGCCCCUUAUUGGAAGACAAUUGGUGGUUCACAUUCAUCACUUUUAGACAAGCUCAAGACAUUGCUAUAUUCCCUUUAAAUAGGAAUAUAAGAAAUACAAAGUCUUAGAGAUGGAUCGUGAAUGUAUGGGUACAUAAAGUAGACAAAUAAUUCAUAACCUUUCCAUAUGAAAAUAUAUAGAAUUUUUUUAAAGAUUUUAAAUAUAAAUUAAUAAUUUCUAUAUAAAAGCAUCUCUACCUAUGCUAAAUGCACAUAAACAUGCAAUUGAAAACAACGAUGUGCAAAGAUAUACUCCAAAUUGUCAUUAUGUGGUACGCACUUUUGGUUUAGUUCUGUGCUCUCAUUAUGCCCAGUAGACAUGGGUUGUGGACCUUUAUCUGAAGUCAACUGAUAUGAAGUAAUAAAACUUCACAUUGGUGGUUAUAUUCAUCAAUCGUAUUACUUUUUUUUUUUUUUUACUUUAAUGUAGUUAUAUAUGUAUUUUAAAAAAAAAGGAACUAAUUGACCAUUAAAGGGGUUGUCUGGUUUUGAAAACCCUAUGUAGCCAAAGCAGGUAAUGGCUGCAAAGCACCUCUAGCUCUGGAGGACCCGACACACAUUACAUUCACAGCGCAUUUAAUGUAAACUGUGUAGUACUUAAUUGUUCCUGUGGUGGCAUUGCAGGAAAAUUGAACACUUCCUGCUGGAUUCCCCAAAGUUUACAGCUGAUUGUAGGGGCUUCCUGCUGAUUCUUACAAUACCUGAUGUUCCAAAGCAGACAACCCCUUUAAGAUAUUGUAGGUGGUAUUUUUUUUUUGGUUCUUACUGUACUAGUAUCAAAUAUGAAUGUUAGUUUAAUACUAAAUCAGUAGUCAUCUACUGAGCAUGGCAUGGCAGGGAGGAGAGCUUUCAUACUACCUCUUUUCAUAUGGUAAAGACCCCAUUAUUUCAUUAAAUGGCCACAUUGAUCAUAUGCCAUAUAGAGAAAAAAAGGACCUUGUUAUGAAAACUUCCCAAUGCAAAUUGUCCUUAUUAUUAUUAUUAUAAAUAAUAUAACAAGCUUUGUUCUUACCUAUGAGAGUGGUUAAGUGGUGCAGGCUUACUUCAGGAGAAAUCUAAUUUUGCAUAUAUGUCCUUUUAAGAGUGCGUUCACACGCUAUUACCAGCAGCCGAUUUUCGCUGCGGGAAUCCUGCUGCGAGUUAUGCUACCAUUGAUUUAAAUAGGACCGCAGACAGUCCUCAAUAGUGUCAGAUUUGCGAACUGUCCGCGGACCCAUUCAAAUGAAUCGUAGCGUAAUUCGCAGCGGGUUUCCUGCAGUGGGAAACUCACUGCUAGUUACUAGCGUGUGAACGCACCAUAAGGCUGGUUUCACAUACUGCAUUUUCAUUCGUUUUUAGUAGCUUCCGAUCGCCACUUGUUUCAUGAGCCUUUUACAGUGAAAACCUCAUAUGGCAGCCAAUCUCCACACAAAUUUGUCGGCAAGCUCAUGUGGUAAUUGGCUACCGUGUUUUGGCCUUAUGCAGAUGUUGGAUCAUGUUCUUUAACCCUUACUGAUAGUCCAGACAGUUGUGUUGCCCUUCACUUACAUCAUUGUCGGUAGCACACCCCUUGUUGUUCACACAGGGAGAUGUGGGGCUGCAUGAACCCAGCGAUCAGCCAAAGAUCGAGCAAUUGCCUGGCUGAUCGCUCUGUCUAUUAUAUUAGACAAUAAUUGGCCUUUUUGUAAAAGACCCUUACUUUUGCAUUUUGCUUAAGGUACAUUCAAACCGCAUUUUUGUUUCUGUUUCAUAUAUACAUUAACAGAUCAUCCCAGAACAUGCAUCCCAUUAUAUUACAUUAUAAUUUUUUUUGGUGUACAUAGUAGCGUGGUUGACCACGUUUUUACAUACACCAAAAAACUGUUACGGAAACGGUGAAAUGGAGACUAAAAUGUGGUGUGACCUCAUCCUUAGUUGGUACCUAAAUUAUAAGGCAAAAGAGUUAGUAAAUCUGUGCCAAUUUGCUUUAAUUGUUUGUUGUGUUUUUGGGGCAAGGUAUAGCUUUUUUCUGGAUUUUUUCCCCCCCUAGGCUUCCCUAUAGAACUUUCAAUACUGCAAAACGAACAUGCAAAAAGCCACAAAAAACAUGUAAAAAAACACUUUUGACAUGCCUUUAAAAAUGCUGAAAAAUAGUGUGUGUGAAGGAGCCCUAAAGGCUUAUUUAUGAAGGGAACACUCCUUAGCAUUAAUGCUCAGGGAAUAGCUCUAAAAAUUAGAUAAAUUAAGGUGCUGAUUUGCCAGCCAUCUAGAAUACUUUUUUCUAAUUAUUAUUAUUAUUAUUAUUAAUUUUGGGUACUGUACUUGUUCAUUAUACAGCACUUCAACACAAUCGAAGAAGAAAAACAUAAAAAAAAAUAUAUACAUAGAUUUUACAAGCUACUGGAUACUGUCAGAUCGUCCAUUUUUUUCAUUAACAAAGUUGGGAGAACAAAAAAAAAAAGUCUUAUUUUUCUAUUAAUUAUUAAUGUAUUACAUUUCAAAUAAUGGUGCCUGACAUAUAAAAUAAUUAUUUUUUACUAUGUACGUAUGCAACAAAAGAUAUUCCAUCAUGCAUUAGAGUCGGUCUGGCUCAGCCUCGCUGUUUACAUUUGCAGAUGUAGCAAAUAAGUUGAUGAAGCAACUAUUUCUAUUGCAGUAGGUUACGUUUCUUUGUGCAUUAGAAUUGUGUUCCCGAAAACCUGUUCGUCGAUUCAAAUGAGACAAACAAGAAGAAGGAAAGCUUCAAGUAUUUUUUAUGUUGUAUUUUAGGAUUUAAAGGGUUAGAACGAUUCAUUCCAAGUACAAUUGUAUUCUUAGAACUGUUCACUAACAUGGCUCUGCUUCGAGAUGAAAGACCUAUAUUCUAUAUUCUUCGUCUAUGUUUCAUAGGAAACAUUUCAUAAAUCCUGUUACAAGCAAAUAUUUUGUUUAUCGCAUCUGUAGUAGCAUUGAACCUUGAAAUGUGCUGUUCAGUUUGUUUGUUUUCGACAGCCGGGACAAAUGAGGACGAGUGGUAUUUUUGGGCGGUUCCCGAUUCCCAUUUAUAUGUCUUCACAUCGGUUGAAUUUCUAAGUGUAAUGCACUUAAAUAUAAAAAUGCCUCUUCGAUAUUUGUAUGUAUAUAUAUUUUUUUCCAAUUAAAAAUAAAUAAUUAAAAAUCAGGGCAAAACAUAUAUUUUCUCCCCCGUAGGUGAACAGGAGGCUUUCUGACAUUAUCAUAAUGUACAUGACAUAUUGAGAUGUGAUAAAAUAUUGCUCAACCCUGGAAUUAUGUAUCAACCAUUUCCAAUACAACAACUAUAGGUACUAUUUAACAAUAUUAAUUUGUGCUCCUAAAUUCAGGGAUAGCUGUUUGAAAAAAAAAAAUUCUGUUACAUAAUGCCUCCCAUAUACAAAAAUUAUAAGUGGUGAGUCAUGGUAAGUUUUUUUGUUUUUUUUUAUAUUUUUUUAUUUUAAAUAUUUAAAAAAAAAUUCUCCAAAAUUCUAAAUUUUAGGGGCAAUAAAUAAAUUAUUCUUUUUAACAACAUUUAGCAAAAAAAAAUUUUUUUUUCUUUUCUACUACCGUAAAUAAAAGAUAUGUGUCUGCCCCAAGUACAGUAGGGGAAAAAUAUGAAAAAUUUAACAAUAUUUAAAAGAAAAAAAUAUAUCCAUUUCCACUAUCCAUAAAUAUAUUACAGCAAGUAUAUAGUUUGCCAGGUAAAAAAAAAAAAUGACAACAAAAAAAUGGUACAUAAAAAUUUAACAAUCUGCUCUUUUAUCAUAUACUGUUGAUAUUCCAUUAUACAUGAAUUUACAAUUUUUUUUGUUUCAGUUUUUAAAUUUACCUCCAGCAUUCUUGAAGAAAAUAAAUAAAUAAGAAAAUUUGAAUAUCUUUAAUAAAGAUAAAUAGGAAAGAAAUACAAUUUAAAUUCCUAUCAUAUCUAAAAGCUACACAUUUUUUUAAAUUGUAAAAACAUUAAAGACCCAAAUAAUAAUAAUAAUUAUAAUAAUAAAAAACAAUACAGUUUGUAAAUAGUUCUUAGAAUUUUUAUCUGCAGAACUGCAGCUGUUACCACACUGUUUUUAUAUAAAUCCACUCCAUACAUCUUUUUGAACAUACUUUGAUUAAAAAUUUUUACCAAUGUCUUCCAUUUUUUAUUACAAUGAGUCCACCAUGGCUACAAUUUUUUUCUAAAUUGUUUUUACAUUUUUUAUUUUAUUUGUAUAUGUUGCCUGAAUUGGUAAAUUGGUGAUGAUAACAUAGCAUUUAUCAUCUGAGUUCCCUGCCCCUUUGCCCCAAAAAAUAUUUUUACGUUAUUUAACAUAUCUAAACAUUUACUAUAAAAAUGAAAACACAACUACAAUUAAUUUCCAUGUAAUUCUUGUUAUGUUGUUUGCUACCUGCAAGCAGGUAUAUUUGCUUUUUUUAAUUG